AUGUCUCGCCCGCAGGCCGACACGGCCGCCCGGCUGACGGAGUAUGUCCAGCAGCAUGGCGGCACCAAGGCCAUCCACCGGAUUCUGGUGGCCAACAAUGGUAUCGCCGCCGUCAAGGGGAUCCGCUCGAUCCGCCGCUGGGCGUACGAGCAGUUCUCCGACGAGCGGGCCAUCCACUUCACGGUGAUGGCCACGCCCGAGGACCUGGCCGCCAAUGCCGAGUACAUCCGCAUGGCCGACAGCUAUAUCCCGGCCCCGGGCGGGGCCAACCACAACAACUACGCCAACGUCGACCUGAUUGUGGAGAUCGCCGAGCGCACCCACGCCGAUGGUGUGUGGGCCGGCUGGGGCCACGCCUCGGAGAACCCCCGGCUGCCGGACGAGCUGGCCAAGCGCGGGAUCGCCUUCCUCGGCCCGCCCGGGUCGGCCAUGCGCGCCCUCGGUGACAAGAUCUCCUCCACCAUUGUGGCCCAGUCGGCCGACGUGCCAUGCAUCGCCUGGUCCGGUGACGGCCUGACCAUCCCCACGCCCGAGGGCAACCAUGCCGUCUCGGUGCCCGAUGACAUCUACAACAAGGCCUGUGUUACCGUGGCCGAGGACGGCCUGGCCGUGGCCCGGCGCAUUGGCUACCCGGUCAUGAUCAAGGCCUCCGAGGGCGGUGGCGGCAAGGGCAUCCGCAUGGUCCACAGCGACUCCGACUUCGCCAGCGCCUUCGCCCAGGUCCAGGGUGAGGUCCCCGGCUCGCCCAUCUUCAUCAUGAAGCUCGCCACACAGUCCCGCCACCUGGAGGUUCAGGUCCUGGCCGACCAGCAUGGCAAUGUCAUGACCCUCUUCAGCCGUGACUGCUCGGUCCAGCGCCGGCACCAGAAGAUCAUCGAGGAGGCGCCGGUGACCAUUGCCCCGACUGCUUCCUUCGAGGCGAUGGCUGCCUCGGCCAAGCGCCUGGCCUCGCUGGUGGGCUACCAGUCGGUCGGCACCGUGGAGUAUCUGUAUGUGCCGGAGGAGGAUCGCUUCCUCUUCCUGGAGCUGAAUCCCCGCCUGCAGGUGGAGCACCCCUGCACGGAGAUGAUCAGCGGGGUGAACAUCCCGGCGGCCCAGCUCCAGGUGGCCAUGGGCAUUCCGCUGCAUCGGAUCGGCGACAUCCGGGCCUUCUACGGGCUGGAGCCGGCCGGCGAGUCGGCCAUCGACUUCGAGGCCUCCUUCCAGGAGGGUGUCAACCCGGUCACCGGCCAGGUGAAGCCCACCCCCCGGGGGCAUGUGGUGGCCGUGCGCAUCACGGCCGAGAACCCGGAGGCCGGGUUCAAGCCCUCCUCCGGCAAUCUGUACGAGCUGAAUUUCCGGUCGUCGCACAACAUUUGGGGCUACUUCAGCGUGGCGGCCGGCGGCAGCCUGCACGAAUUCGCCGACUCGCAGUUCGGUCAUAUUUUCGCCCAUGCGCCCACUCGUGAGGAAGCCCGCCGGCGUAUGAUCGUGGCGCUGAAGGAGAUCUCCGUGCGCGCGGACUUCCGCACCACCAUCGAGUACCUGGUCAAGCUCCUGGAGACCGAGGACUUCAAGGGCAACCGCUUUGACACGAGCUGGCUGGACCAGCUGAUCACCAACAAGCUCACCACCGACCGGCCCGAGCGCUUCACUGCGGUGAUCUGCGGCGCGGUUAACCGCGUGAACCAGCUGUACGAGGAGCGCGUGUCCGAGUUCAAGCGCUACCUCAGCCGCGGUCAGGCCCCGAGCGCCGAGCUCCUGAGCACCGACUACUCGGUGGACAUCAUCUACGAGGGUGUGAAGUACCAGUUCAAGGUCCAGCAAAGCGCCCCCCACGCCUUCAGCCUGAUCCUCAAUGGCACCCGGGUGUCGGUCAAUGCGCGGUCCCUGUCGGAUGGCGGGCUGCUCAUCCAGCUCGGCGGCCGCAGCCAUGUGGUCUACCCCCACGAGGAGAUUGGCCUCACGCGGCUGACGAUCGACGGUCGGACCUGCACCCUGGAGCAUGAGACCGAUCCCACCCUCCUGCGGGCCCCCUCUCCGGGCAAGCUGGUGCGCUUUGCCGUGGAGGAUGGCGAUCAUGUGGUCGCCGGCCAGACGUACGCCGAGAUCGAGGUCAUGAAGAUGUACAUGUCCCUGGUGGUCGGCGAGUCGGGCAUCGUGCGGUUCUCCGUCUCCGCGAAUGCCGUCCUUCAGGCCGGUGAUAUCAUCGGUGUCCUGACCCUGGACGAUCCGUCUCGCGUCAAGGUGGCUCAGCCUUUCACCGGGGAGCUGCCGGACUUCGGCACCCCCUGCCUGACCAAGCUCAAGUCCAACCAGGUGUUCAAGCAGGCCCUGGAGGUUUUGCGCCUGACCAUGGACGGGUAUGACAACCAGCAUGGCCUGGCCGAGCACUUCCGGGCUCUGUUGGCCUCGCUGGCCGAUCCAUACAUGCCGUAUUUGGAGCUGGCCGAGCUGCUGGCCGGGCUGCAGUCGCGCCUGCCCCCGGCGGUGGUGGCCCUGCUGCAGCAGACCCUCCGGCCGCUGGCGGCCCUCGGGACCACCUUCGCCUCGGUGUCCACCCUCGGUGCGGAUGGCCUGCCGAGUGUGGCGGACUUCCCGGCGGCCGAUCUGCGCCAGCGGAUCAACGAGUUUGUGGCCACCACCCUGACUCUGGCGGCCGAGCGGGCGGUCUUCGUAGACCGGUUCCAGCCGAUCCAGGAUCUGCUGGAGCGCUUCCGCGACGGGCCGGCCGCCCAUGCGAAGGCCGUGCUGCUGGGCCUGCUGGAGCGUUUCGUCGAGGUGGAGCGCCUCUUCUGUGUGGAGGGCCAGUCCUUCGAGGAUGUGCAGGAGUCCCUGCGGGCCACGCACUCGGAGGAUCUGGACCAAGUGCAUGCGGUGAUGCUGGCCCACAGCAAGGUGGCCCAGAAGUGCCAGCUGGUCAUGUCGCUGAUUGACCACAUUGCGGCCGCGGCUCCGGGCCCGGUGGACCCCUUCUAUUCGGAUGCCCUGCGGGCCAUUGCCGAGCUGAGCGGGCGCCACCUGUCCAAGGUGGCCCUCCGUGCGCGUGCCCUGCUGGUGGAGUCCCUGCUGCCGCAGUAUGAGGACCGCCUGUCGGAGAUGGAGCUGGCCCUGGUUCGCGCGGUGUCCAGCAGCAGCCAUGCUGCUGAUGCCAGCCCGGCCGAGGGUGGCCAGUCCACUGGCGCGGAGGAGGACACCCUCCCGGUGGUGUCGCUCUCCUCGCCGUCGCUCCUGCAGUCGGAGUCCACCGGUGUGACGCCCUCCACGGGGGGAGGCACCGCCGGUGGCGCCGGUGAUGAGGAUGCUGCCACGGCGGCCGCCAGCACGGCCGACGAUUCGGACGACGCGCUGGUCAUCCGGAUGCGGGAUACGGCCGUGCGGGCGGCCCUCGGCGCGGCCCCCAUGCGUCCGAUGACCUCGCCGGCUGGCAGCCCCUUCGCCCUGCCGAAGUAUGAGCAGCUCAAGUCCAUCGUCGAGACCAACUACACGGUGAACGACGUGCUGAGCCCCUUCUUCUGCCAUGAGAAUCCGUUUGUCCGCGUGGCCGCUCUGGAGGUGUAUGUCCGGCGUUCGUACCGGGCCUACAGCAUUGACACGGUCAAGUACCACACUGGGUCCGGGUCCGGGUCGGCCGACCGGCCGGUGGCCCUCGAGUGGCGCUUCACCUUCCCGAUUGUCCCGCUGGCCGACAGCGAUGAGUGCACCCGGCCGCCGGUCAACCCCCCGGGUGAUGGGCUGAUGGCGGCGUCGGCCGACCUGGCCUUUGCCUCGGACCCCAUGGGCACCGGGUUCGGCCUGACCUCCUCGUCGUCGGUGACGAACAUGCGCGCGGCCGAGUCCUUCGCGGCCACUCGCAACAUGAGUGUCUCGGACUUUGCCCUGCUGUCGCCGCACAGUGCCGCCCCCGGUGGCAUUGGGCGCUUCAGCGGGAGCUCCUACUCGGCGGCGGCGGCGGCGGCUGCCGCUGCUGCUGCUGCUGGCGGGUCGCAUUCGCGCUCGGCCUCGCAGCCACACACCCCGACCCUCAACCGGAGCAGCUCGCUGUCCUUCUCCACCACCAGCCUGGCCAACAUGUACUAUGCGCCGGAGCCGCUGCGUGUGGGGCUCAUGUGUGCCUUCACUUCGGUGGCCGCGCUGGAGGCCGAGUUCGAGUCGCUGCUGUCGCUGUACCCCGAGGCGGGGGAUGGCGCUUCCGGCGGGGCGGCGGGAUCGGCCUCCGGCAAUGCCGCCGGGUCCGGGCGUCCGGGCGCCGCCGAGUGCUUGAAUGUGCUGAACUUGGCCCUGUCGCUGGAUGCGGCCGAGGGCGCCGACGAUGGGACCCUGCUGGAUGAUGUGCUGCAUCCGUUCCUGGCCUCGCGCAAGAUGCUCCUCCGGGGCCGGUCCAUCCGCCGGGUGACCUUCGUCAUCCUGCGGCCGCGCCAGCAGCCGGGGUACUUCACCUUCCGCGAGCGGAAUGACUUCGCCGAGGACCCGGUCAUUCGCCAUGUGGAGCCGGCGCUGGCCUUCCAGCUGGAACUGUCGCGCAUGUCGCACUACAAUGUGCGCGCGGUGCUGACCGAGUCGCGGUCCAUCCACAUGUACAAUGCCGUGGCCAAGGGCAACCCGACGGAUGAGCGGUUCUUCAUCCGGGCCCUCAUUCGGCCGGGCUUGCUGAAGGACAGCGAGGCCCCGGUGCCGUACAUGAUCAGCGAGGCGGACCGCGUGGUGUCAGAGAUGCUGGAUGCCCUGGAGCUCCAGCUGCCGGAGCAUCCCGGUGCCGAUUGCAACCACCUGUUCAUCCACUUCCUGCCGACGGUGCGCUACAGCACGGACAAGAUCUUCGACAACCUGACGGACUUCCUGACCCGCCAUGGUCGGCGGAUGUCCCGUCUGCGCGUUACCUCCGGCGAGAUUCGCAUGACCCUGCGCCUGGGGGAUGAGGUGGCCCCGACGCCCAUUCGCUUUGUCAUUUCCAACUUGACGGGCUUCGUGUUGAACAUUCACUCCUAUCGCGAGGCGAAGAAUGACCGCCGUCGUGAUGUGCUCAUUUCCCUGAUGGACCAUGGGCCACUGCACAACACCCCGGCCGAUGCGCCCUACCCGGUGCGGGAUCCGCUGCAGCCAAAGCGCCAUGCCGCUCACAAGGCCGGGACGUCCUACAUUUAUGACUAUCCGGAGCUCAUUCAGCAGGCCCUGCUGCAGGUGUGGGACAAGUUCAUCCAGGAGACCCCGGCCAUGGCUUCCUCGGUGCCGGCCCUGCAUCAGCUGGUUCGGACUUGGGAGUUGGAUCUGGAUGAGCGCCAGCAGUCGGUGAUGGAGGUCAAUCGCCCGCCCGGGCAGAACACCAUCGGCAUGGUGGCCUGGCUGGUGGAGAUUUGCACGCCGGAAUUCCCGGCCGGGCGUCGGAUGAUCCUCAUUGGCAAUGACAUUACCCAUGUGAUUGGGUCGUUCGGGCCGCGGGAGGACAUGCUCUUCCUGCGUGCCAGCGAGCUGGCCCGGCGUUUGGGCCUGCCGCGGAUUUACAUUUCGGCCAAUUCCGGUGCGCGCAUCGGCAUGGCCGAUGAGCUGGUCAAUUGCUUCCGCGUUGCCUGGACCGAUCCGCAGCAGCCGGCUCGCGGCUUCCGGUAUCUGUAUGUCACGCCGGAGGACCAUGCGCGUUUGACUUCGGACCCCUUGCGGCCGUCGCUUCGUGCGGAGCGUCUGGUGGAGCAGGUCCCCUCGGCGGCCGAUCCGGCGGUCAUGCAGGAGGAGGUGCGCUAUGUCAUCCGCGAUGUGAUUGGCCGUGUGGAUGGCAUUGGUGUGGAGAACCUCCAGGGCUCCGGUGCCAUUGCCGGGGAGACGUCCCGCGCGUAUGAGGACAUCUUCACUUUGUCGGUGGUUACCUGCCGGUCGGUGGGCAUCGGUGCGUAUCUGGUGCGCCUGGGUCAGCGGUCCAUUCAGAACGAGGGGAACCCCCUGCUGUUGACCGGUGCCGGGGCCCUGAACAAGGUCCUUGGUCGGGAGGUUUACUCCUCGAACUUGCAGCUGGGCGGCACGCAGAUCAUGUACAACAAUGGUGUGUCCCACUUGACGGCCAGCAAUGACUUGACCUCCAUGCGCAUGGUCCUGGACUGGCUGGCCUUCGUGCCGUCCUACCGGAAUGGGCCGCUGCCCAUUUUGCCGGAGCAGGCCCUCCGGGACCCGGUGCACCGGCCGGUGGCCUGGGCUCCGCCCGCCACCGGUCCGUAUGACCCGCGGCACUUGAUCGAGGGCGGUCCGGACCCGGAGACCGGGGACUUCCUGCCGGGGCUCUUCGACACCGGGUCCUUUGUGGAGACCCUCGGUGGCUGGGCCAAGACCGUGGUGGUUGGUCGGGCCCGUUUGGGCGGCAUCCCCAUGGGUGUCAUCGCGGUGGAGACUCGCACCGUGGAGGCGCAUAUCCCGGCGGAUCCGGCCAAUCCGGAGUCCCAGCUCCAGACUCUGACCCAGGCCGGGCAGGUGUGGUACCCGGACUCGGCGUACAAGACGGCCCAGGCCAUUCGGGACUUCAACCGGGGCGAGGAGCUGCCGCUCAUGAUCCUGGCCAACUGGCGCGGGUUCUCCGGCGGCCAGCGGGACAUGUUCGAGCAGAUCCUCAAGUUCGGGUCGUACAUUGUCGAUGCCCUGGCCGAGUACCGGCAGCCGAUCUUCGUGUACCUGCCGCCGCGGGCCGAGCUGCGCGGUGGUGCGUGGGUGGUCCUUGACUCGACCAUCAACUCGGAUUACAUUGAGAUGUAUGCGGACCCGAACUCGCGUGCUGGUGUCCUGGAGCCGGAGGGCAUUGUGGAGAUCAAGUUCCGCAAGCCCAAGCUUCUGCAGGCCAUGUCGCGGCUGGAUGCCACGUAUGCGGAUCUCCUGGCGCAGCAGCAGCAGCAGCAGCAGCAGCAGCAGUCGGCCGACUCGACGGCCGCCAGCAGCCUGCAGCCGCGUGUGCUGGCCCGGGAGAAGCAGCUGCUGCCCACCUACCAUCAGAUUGCGGUGCACUUUGCCGAUCUGCACGAUACGGCCGGGCGCAUGCGUGCCAAGGGCGCCAUUCGUGACAUCAUCCCCUGGGAGGAGGCUCGUGUGCGGUUCUACUGGCGUCUUUGCCGGCGCCUGCAGGAGGAGCGUCUCCUCCGGGCGAUCCUCGGCGCGGCCGGGACUCCGACCCAGCUGGCCGAAUCGUCGAACCCGUCGGCCGCGGCCCUGGCCAUGGCCAGCGCCAUUCCCGGCAGCCCGGCCAGCGAGUGGACUCGCAUCCGGGCGCGGGCCACCCUGGCGGCCUGGUUCGCCACGGACCUGGAUUCGGCCGGGCCCGGGCACAUGUCCACCGAUGAGAAGCCGGACUUCGAGUCCAAUGACCGGCAGGUGGUCGAGUGGAUCAACCAAUUCCACGCGGCCAUCGUCGGCCGUGUGGCCGAGAUCGAGGCGUCCGAGCGCCGGCUGCGUGUCAUGCAUGCCACCCUGGCCACCGGGGAGGAUGCGGUGGCGGCCCUCACUUCGGCGGUGCUCUCCUUGAGUGCGGAGAAGCGCGCCGCUCUGAUGGAGAGCCUCCGCGCGGCCGAGACCCCGGCCGCCACCUCCAGCCCGAGUCUCUAA